ACACCUAAACCUCAUUACUUGUUUCUUUUUUCUUGAGAAAAGAAAAUGUCUAGUUAUGGAAAUCAAAAUAGGUCACUUAACUCGAUGAAAAGUGACAGGAGAAUGUUCUCUGCAUCUGAUGAUGGCGCCAUGAUGAAACAAAUCCUAGCCACUCAUUCACCCGAUGGUCGUGAUAUUGACCCCAAGCCCGUGCUUCGCAUAAUUGAGGACAUGCUUCAUCGAGUCAGCCCAAACAUUGACGGUGUUAUCCAUGCAACAGAAGUUCAUCAUGAAGCUGUGGAUGAAUUGGCAAGCAAGGCGAUUGUUCAUGGAGUUGACGGAAUUCCUGAGGCACUUCCCUACAUUACCUACAAAGUUUCCUGUGAGUUCUCAUGCAAGAGUUUGGGUGGUGGAGAUGCUCAUGGGACAACAAUCUCUAUACUCAACUUGCUUUCAAGCUAUCCAUGGGAUGCAAAAGUGGUGAUUUCACUAGCAGCCUUUUCAGUGAACUAUGGUGAGUUUUGGCUCGUCGCUUUACUUGGCGCCACAAACCCUCUAGCAAAAUCCCUUGCUCUUCUCAAGCAACUUCCAGACAUCUUGGAGCAUUCCAAUUCCUUAAAACCCAGAUUCGAUGCAGUCAAUACUCUUAUCAAGGCCAUUUUGGAUGUCACUAAAUGCAUAAUUGAUCUCAAGGAGCUUCCCCCUAACUAUAUUUCUCAAGACACCCCACCACUCUCGACCGCCAUGACUCAUAUUCCUACUGCAGCCUAUUGGACCAUCCGAAGCAUGGUGGCUUGUGCUUCCCAAAUCACUAGCCUCCUAGGCAUGGGCUUUGAAUAUAUUUCCUCUACAACUGAGGCAUGGGAGCUGUCCAGUUUGGCUCAUAAGGUCAAUAACAUACAUGGUCACCUUAUGUCACAGCUUGGUAUUUGCUAUCAGCACAUUGAUGAAAAAAAACAAGUGGAGACAUACCAGAAUCUGAUCCGGUUGUUCGAGACAGGACACUUAGACAACAUCAAGAUUUUGAAAGCACUGAUUUACGCCAAGGAUGAUUUGCUUCCACUUGUGGAAGGCAACUCCAAGAGAAGGGUUCAGAUUGAGGUUCUAAGGAAAAAGACUGUGAUGCUUCUCAUAUCAGACCUGGACAUCUUGCACGAACAGAUAAUUAUUCUAAACCACAUCUACCAAGAAUCAAAGCUAAGGCCAGAGCUGCAUUAUGAAAUUGUGUGGCUUCCAAUAGUGAAGAAAAAGAACCCCUGGACUGAAGCAGACCAACACAGAUUUAUGGACCUCCAAAAUAAGAUGCCCUGGUACAUGCUUCACCAUCCUUCAUUACUUGAUCCAGCGGUCAUCAAGUACAUAACAGAAGUGUGGCAUUUCACAAAGAAACUCAUUCUGGUGACACUGGAUCCUCAUGGAAAAGUUGUUUGCCAAGAUGCCCUAAACAUGGUAUGGAUAUGGGGAAAUGCAGCUUACCCUUUCUCUGCUGUGAGAGAAAAACAACUCUGGGAGGAUGAGACAUGGACGCUUGAGCUGUUGGUGGACAAUAUUGAUCCAUCCAUCCUUCAAUGGAUUGCACAGGAAAAGUAUAUAUGCUUGUUGGGAGGAGAAGAUUUGGGAUGGAUUCGGAAUUUUACCAACAAAAUAAAAGCUGUUACUAAGGCUGUUGGAAUAUCCUUGGAAAUGGUUUAUGUGGGGAAGAGCAGCCCUAAGGAAAGAGUGAGAAGGAUAAUAGACACAAUCAACAAAGAAAAGUUAUGCGACUGUUGGGUGGAUCUUACCUCCAUUUGGUACUUCUGGACCCGUCUGGAGAGCAUGUUUCACUCCAAGACGCAGCAUGGAAAGAAAGUGGAGAAUGACCCUGUGAUGCAGGAAGUGUUAACCAUGCUCAGUUUCGAUGGUAGUGACAAGGGAUGGGCUUUAAUUAGCAAGGGAUCAAGCAAGAUGGCCAAGUCGAAGGGGGACACUUUAAUAGCAAGCUUGGAUCAGUUUGGUAACUGGGAGGAGAAUGCAAGGAAUGAAGGCUUUGUGCACGCUCUGGAUGAUAAUCUUGCCCAGCACCAGUCGGCACACCACUGUAACCGUCUUAUUCUCCCAGGAAUUACAGGGGGAGUCCCUGAAAUGGUCAUCUGUGCAGAGUGUAGCCGUCCAAUGGAGAAGUAUUUCAUGUAUCGAUGCUGCACAGACUGAUUGGUAUCUGUUUGAAGGCUAUAUAACUAUGUGUGUCUUCUUUUUGUUGUUAUUACAUGUAUGAAUUAUGAUGUGCGUGUUUGAUUUUCUUCAAGGUAAGGUUGUGUGGUUUUUGUUAUGUUCACUUCAAACAUGUUUGUAUGAUAACAUAAGAUGUUGUGUUUCCAGCAGUUAUAUGGUUGUGUUGAAAUAUAAGGCUUCCUAUCUAUCCUAA